AUGUUACACAAUAGGUCGAACUUGAUCUCGAGAUCGAUAAUCUCUAGCAAUAGAUUUGAGCUAAAGAAAUAUGAUUUUGGUGGAGUGGGAUUAGGCAUCGUUGCUGCUCUUGAUAAAUCUCGUGAGGGUAGUCUAGCCUUGUGUAGUCGGAAUUUGAAUCGGUCCAACCCAGUUCCGGUCAAUUCACCCUGGAAUUCGUCGAGAUUUAGGGGUGGUUUUGACGAAAUGGAGAUGGACAGUAGUUUCGAGGAGGAUUAUACUAUUGUGACUUGUCAUGGUCCAAACAAGUCCUAUACUAAGGUGUAUUUUGAUGGAUAUGAACAUGGUAGAAGAGGUGAUGACAGAACACCCUUCAGAAUACAACAAAAUAAUAAAAAGACUAUAAGGGCAAGCGUUUUCGAGAUAUCUCCGGCAAGAUCCAUAGAAGUUGCCGGAUUUCCAGCUUCAGAUUUUCUCAGCUCAUGCCAUAUGUGCCAGAAGAAACUCCUAGGCAAAGAUAUAUUCAUGUACAGGGGUGAGAAAGCAUUCUGCAGCACAGAAUGUAGAGACAGGCAAAUAGUGAUGGAUGAGCGCAAAGAAAAGAAAUACAGUUCUAAAGCUUCAAGAUCUGUUGAUGUUUCAAACUCACCUUAUACGAAUGACAACAUCUUUUCAACUGGAAUUCUGGCUAUUUAG